AUGGGUUCACUGUUUCAGGUCGUAACAUGGGUUCACUGGUACAAGCAGAGUGCAGGAAAUACUCUGAAAUUAAUUGCAAUGCUGCGUAAAAGUACAAAAACUGCUUAUGGACCAGGAUUUUCAUCUACAAGAUUUACAAUAACAAAUAAUGGCACACAAAGCACCUUGUUUAUUUUGUCAGUCAUUGAACAAGAUGAGGGAAUGUAUCACUGUGCUCAAAUGGACUGGACUCAAUCUGUUUGGACUGGGAUUUAUUUAUCAAUAAAAGGAAACUCUCAGAGGACUUCAAGCUACACUAUUGUUCAGGAGCAAACAGUUUCUGAUCCCACUCGUCCAACAAGUCCAAAGACUCUGCAGUGUUUAGUCCUGUCUGAAUCCGAGAAUUCAACCUGUUCCGGUGAACCUAGUGUUUUCUGGUUAAGAGCUAGAUCAGACACAUCCAAUCCAGAUAUCAUCUACACUGAGGAAAAAAUGAAUAAAAAUUGCAAAAAGACAUCAAACAAUCAGAAGAAAUGUAGUUACAACUUCUCUAAGAAUGUCACCUCCUCUGAAUCGGACACCUUUUACUGUGCUGUGGCUACAUGUGGAGAAGUAUUAUUUGGAAACGGAGCAAACAUAGUAAAGAGCAAUCAAGAUCAGGAGGUAAUCGAUUUAAAGAGAGUCUCUCUUCUCAACCAAAACACACCGACUUAAGAUUCCCAAUAGAUGAGAGUGAAAAUGGGCAGGAUCUAAAUUAUGCUGCAUUGCAUUUCUCUGGAGGGAAGGAGCAAAAAAGAAAGAAGAAAGGGGAACCGAAGACUGAAGAAAGUGUAUAUUCACAAGUUAAAUUGUAG